CAUUCUGUCCACUCCCUUGUGCUCUCUUCAGAUUUGGACAUGGCUCGGGAGCCCAGCCCCGGCCCGGUCCGGCCAGGCCAAAAGAGACGGUGGGAACCAGUCACCCCCUGCAGCAGUAACUGUGACCUGGACUACAAGCUGUACAGGGAGGAUGUUCCCCACAGGGUGUGUGAAUACCAGCGGGUCCCUCCGCUCAUCAACCAUACGUCUGUCAAGAUCAGGAGGACUCACACAGGAAUGGGGGUCAAGAGAAGUCUCAGUCCCCACAAGGCCCCCAGGAAGAGCCACGUGCCCCCAGGACAGAAAAGGAGUGAGCGAAGGGGUGCAGCCCUCAUCUGCACGGCUAGGGAGGGGCUGGGCCUCCGGGGCCUGGUGGAAACCCUGACUCCGGGCCCUCUAGCAGCAGGCCAGCUGGAGGGGCUGCACUCCAUCAGGGCAGAGCUGAGCCGGAUCAAAGCCCAGGUGGACCGCCUGCUGGAGCACCUGGAGCACACGGACCAGCUGCCAGGGACAGAGGAUGAAGAGAACAGGGUCCCUGGAAUUAAGGGUUCCUCGCGCAGCACCACUGAACCCCAGCAGGAGCCCAGGGCCCAUCCGGAGGCAGGCAGCCCCCAGGACAGCAGAGACCCAGAGGCGGCAGUGAGUGGCCUGGCACCUCCCCCAUCCUCACCCUCCUUGUGUUUGGGUCCUGAGGCCUCUCUGUGAGCAAGGGAGGGACCAGGGUUUGUGUGGGAGCCCGGAGGGGUGGAUGGGGCAUCACCCGCCACCAGCAAUGCCCAGAAUACGGCCUGUGCCCUGCUCCUCCUGACUCAGGCUUGGUUGGUCAGCUGGGCCACUUGUGGGCUGAAAUGCCAUCUCCUCCUAGAAGAGGGGCGUAGGCUUUGAGUAUUGUAGAGGAAAUGUCACGGGCAUGCCUCACAGUCCCAGUCCCAUGGCCUGAGAACCACCUGGUAAGCUUGUUAAAACCCCAAUGUCUGCCCUUUUCCCGAGCC